GAAAUAAUAAACAUUGUUACUUAUCAACUUAGAGAAUAGCCAACAAAUGAUUUAAACCAAAUGAAAGAGAUAAGAGUACGAUAGUGACCUUCAAUGUUUAAAUUUUUCAGUUGAGUAGACCUAAAAAAUGUUUUGAUGCUUCUGCAUGAGUUGACAACACAUUGUCUUUGUCUUGUGCACUAGCAUAGAAGUACCGUUUUCUCUGCAAAUAAAAGAUAAGGCCGCUUGCAUAUCAUCAAUAUUGAUUUUUGACUUGUAUCAAUAUAGCAAAUAUGCAUCAAUCUUUUUAGAGGAAUAUAAAAAGACAAAUCAAACAACAAGAAUAGACAAUCUUAAUGAAAUCACAACUGCUGCGUAUUAUUUUGUUACGACUAAUAAUCACUUUGAUGUUCUUCCGCGGUGUCGUUGCUCUACCUACUACCUUACCUAAACCCAAUGUUACUGAGUUUGAUAAUAGAAACAAAACCCCUUCAUAUAGUAUGUCGUGCUUGUUUUAUCCACUUCCACCACUGCCCCCAUUGCCACCACUACCUUCUUUGCCAAGUGUCGUUAUCCCGGAGCCGCUUACAUCAGAUAACGAGUGAUGAAUAUCAAACUUUUAAAAGCAAUAAAAGCAGUGAAGAUGGAUGCAUAAUGCUGUCGUAUACAUCAAGAAAUUUUCUAAUAAUCAAUUGAUGAAGGCUUCUUUAAGUGAUCCUUGUUUUGGCUUAUAACAAUCUAUUGAAUGAUAUGCAAACACAUUCUUUCCUCUUUAUGUAACUUUCUUUUCUGAUUGAGCAAAAAUCAUUGGAUCAAUCGUAGUACACUUUUUAUCGCUAUUACUAAAUAGGCUUUCACAUUGGUUAGUCAGCAAUCUAUAACAAGAUUGUUGUUUCCUACUUCCAUACUCCUUUAUUACAACAUAAG